CUCAGUUGGCCGCUAAAAAAGUUAAGUGACCCAGCAUCUGAAAGCAAAAGUCGCUUUUAGUAUUGGUAAUCAGCCAGCAACACACACGUCAAGGGAAAAAUGCCGCUGAACGUCGCCGAAGCUAAGGCGAUGCUUUUGCGUUGGGCUAAAGCCAAAACACAAGAGUACGAUAACGUAAAUAUUGAGAACUUUUCGUCGUCCUGGAAUGAUGGUCUUGCGUUCUGUGCAUUAAUCCACCAUCAUCUGCCCGAUGCAUUCGACUACGCUACCCUGGAUCCCGCUAACAAGAAGGAGAACUUUGAUCUCGCCUUUAUCACAGCCGAGCAGAGACUUGGUGUAACCCCGCUAUUGGCGACUGAGGAUAUGCUGCUGACGGACAAGCCCGACUGGAAAUGUGUCUUCACCUAUGUUCAGUCACUCUACCACAAGCUGAUUGCCAUUGAGCCCAAAUAAACGGGGUCAGGUUAUUGAAAGUGAGAGGGUUAAAUUAUAGUAAUUGCGAAAAGCAAUAUACGAGUUGUACACAAAGAUGUCACUGUAGUGUGUCUACAAAGAUUAAUUGAAAAGGAAAACGCCGAGGUUGAACGAAUUAGAAAAUUUACAGGCGACGAACGGAUGCCGCAAUACUGUCUAGAUCACGGUAUAGAGCAAUUAUUCGAACACAUUGCAAAAAUAUGAGCUCUAUAGUUAUUUAAUUUUGCGUAGGUUUGUUGCUUUAUGUGUUUUAUCCAUUGUGGUCACUAGGCUUCAUUGCGACAACUUAACUUACGAAAGAACAGGGCCCGGAAUCGAGACAAAACAAUUCAUAAACAGAAUUGGAAUCGCUACUAUUGUCGCAGCCAUUAUUCAUAACUACCACGGAAUACAACCUUAAGUGUGUCACAUUGUCAGGGCACUUCACACAUUCAUGUGAAUAAUAAAUGCCUAUGUAUCCAUUAUUACCCCUUA